GCUAGUUCAUAACUAAUUUUUCAUUGUUACGAAUUGUGUGUUUUCCCAUGGUCUCAGGUGACCCCUGUGAAAGCUCUUAAGUUCCCCAGACCUGCAGAUUGAGAACCGCUGGUUUAGAGGGCUUUCAUGGUUCAUGGCAAAGGCCAUUUAUUUGAACACAGUACCUUCUAUCCGAGACAUUUUGCUGAACUGGAAUUUUAUUAACCUACAUUUUGUUAAAUAUAUAUUAAAAAGAUAUUUUUGGGGGGCGUAUUUUAUAGGUCAAGCUCAUCAAAAUGUCCACCAUCCCGAAGCGCUUCGGACUGACAGCCAGAGAGGAAUCAUUCAUGUUUAAAGAGCUUGAGAAAGUUCGCCAGAAGGUCAAGAAGGAAUGUAACCAAUUCAAGCAGAGGCUGGCCACAAGGCCAGCUUUGGGCACAGAAUCUGAGGAUGAUCUCCUGUACCAGGACGAGGAAGAGAGCCCGAGCAGCAGCAGGGCGGAGAAGGGACCCGUGUCCAGGGCGGCCAAGCAGUCCUCUGGGACCCAGGACGGGGAGAGCCCCGCCACAGCCGACCUGCAGGGGGCGCCGCACAGCGCUCAGAGAGGCCCCGCGAAGCCCCCACCCUUCCGCCCCCGCGACUUCUACCUGCGGAGCUCCGCGUACCUGCGUCACGGCCCCCCCAAGAAGCCGCCGGUCAUCGCCCCGCAGGCUGGCACCGCCAGGCCCGCGGUCCUGCUGCGACCGCGCUCCCGUGUCAGGAAGCGGCACGUGAAGAAGCAGCGGGCACCGGUGCCCAAGCCUGUGAUCCCCUUGAGGCCCGCGAAGAAAGCGCCGGUGGUCGACGUGCCCCCACCGCGGUACAGACAUGCCAGCUCCCUGUCCAGCCUGAGCAGCGACACCGACGAAGGUGCAAGGUUGCGCAGGAUGCGGAUCCACACCCACUAUGUGCGUGAGGGCAUGGGCGUGUUUCGGUGGCCCAUCAAGGCCUUUUCUAGAACCAUGCGCGAAGGGAGCUCCGUUAGCCAGACAUCCGGUCCUAUGCAGUUGGCACGCUGUUUGCCCAUGAACAUUGACGAUAUCAUUGCGUCUCUGCAGUCCGAGGCCCAGCAGGCGGCUGACCAGCACAUCAAGGAGCUCAUACAGAGCAUCCUGGGCCAGAACUACGAAAUGGCAGUGCAAGAUAUUACUUUGGUGGAACAAAUGUACUUCAAACCAUCUCAGGUGGAAGGAGAAAAACUGUUUCAGAAAAGUAUUAAGGAACGGCCAAUCACGCAAAGUAUCUAUGAAGAGCUCCCCGAGACUGCAUCAAGCAUCUUCCAAAUGGAUCAUGAGGAUAUUCUGGAUGCAGAGGAAGAGAACUUAGCAUCCAAAUCCCAGGAACAGCUAGAGAUCAUGCCACAAGAGGACUGGAACAAACCUGCGGAAACGGGCAUGCCUGCAAGUGAUGUAAAAACAACCAGGCAGUUAUCAUUACAAGGGAGAUCUCCAGAAUUCUUGCAAAUCAGAGGAAGAGAAGUUGUACGAACCUGGAGAAGUAGCCCAGUCGUUAAGCCCUCGAUACCAACAAAGUCUGUAAGAUCUCAGGAGGAUAAAAAACUAGAGAAAAAAAUUCCACAAGCUCAUCCCAUUCCUCAUCUUCAUGACCUGUGCACCAAAGUCCCAGCUGUGGAGUUGCCUGUGGAUCUGCACCUGGCUUCUCGAGUGUGUCACACUUCUGACAAGAAAGGUCACAAGGCCAUGCUUGGAGUGUUGGGGUCAUCUAUUUUAGGUGAUUGCUGUAUAGAUGAACAGAGAGAUAGAAUAGUGUAUGGCGUUCCUGUUACAAGUGAGAAAGAAAAAUACAGCAGCGUUACUUCAGAGCCGCCAGAGAAGUUCCCUGCGCUGAUCCAGACAAGCCAACAUCCAGCUCACCAGGAAGACCUGCGGCUCUUGGGAGAAGAGAUGUCUGCAUAUCCUGGAACUUCAAAGAUGUUUUGGAAUCUUUCUGCACCCAAAUUUGCUAUUCCAGAAUCAAUAAUGAGGGAAACUUUAUAUCCACAAUAUGAGAGUGUUCAGGCAAGCAAAAUUUUAACUGAAAAAAUUUCUGAGUCCAGGGAAAGUGUGAUUAUUUUAGACACCUACAUCAAAAGAAGUUUUAAGUCGUUAAUAAUAAAAAAAUCUGCAUCAUAUGAGAAUAUCCAAAAAUAUACCAGUGCACCAUAUACACGAUUGAAGAGAUCAAAGUCUACAGUUGAGAUGUGGAAAGAAGGGGCCACACCACCAUUCAUCGUAAAGGAUGACAUAAACAGCAACCUACAACUGCUGCUGUACCAGAAGAGGACGGCGCUGGAGCGCCAGCUCGCCAAGCAAAAGGGAAUAAUAGAGCCCUCCCUGAAAGGCAGCCAGGAAACCCUGCAUGACAUAGAGAGCUUGAAAUGCCUGUCUUUUUCCCUGGUGGAUGCAUCACGAAAAGCUGGCAUUACCUACAUUGUAUACCCUGGGAAAAAGAAGAAAGCGCGUAAGAAAGGCGUGAAGUUCCAGAAACUGGCCCUUGUGUAUGAACAGCUCUCCAAGCCUCCGAGGAAAAUAGAAAGAUCAACAUCUUAUGGACUACUUCCUGGACAGAAAAAAUAUUUCCUUAAAGUUCCAGUGUAUGACCGUCUGAUAAGGUGCCCCAGUGUACCCACGGUUUUAAAUUUUGAGCAGUUUGUUCAAAGUAGAGGAGGAAUACCAGAAAACACUGACCCUCAUACAUGGGUUCUUGAGAUGUUUGCUAAAGACAAACCUCAGAAAGCACCCAUGCCAGUAGCGUACGUGCGGAAAGACGUUCCAGAACCGCUGAUGGAGCUGACCAAGCUGGAAUUAAGUGACCAUGUAAAGUCUGAUCUCCCACCAGAGCUCAUUAGGUAUUAUGAAUCCGAAGUCGAGAAGCUGACUGAAGAAAUAAAAAAUGAGAAAAAAACUUCGGUGUUUGCAUAUUGUAGGCGUGGAGCUAUUUAUCGAAAACUGGGAAAGUUGCAAAGUGCCAUGAAUGACCUACAGGAAACCAUAUUUAUGGAGCCAUUGUUUCUAAAUGCCUAUUGGCACAGACAUUUCAUUUAUCUGUUCCAAGACAAAAUUAAUGAUGCUUUGGAUGACUUGAAUUUUAUAAAUAAAUAUAAUAAAAACAGUGCAGAGGCAUACUUGUCAAAGGCAGAGAUUUUCAGAAAGAAGGACAUUACGUUGGCAAUUCUGAAUUACAGUCAGGCCAUCAAAUGCAGGCCCACAGAUGCUGAGCUCUACUUUAAAAGGGGGGAGUUGUAUGAGAUGGCAAACAGCAUGCUGGCCCUGGAUGACUACUCAAAAUGUAUUUAUUAUGAUCCCCAAAGAACAGAUGCAUUAAUGAAACGUGCGAUGUUUUACUUUGAAAAGGGACACUGGAUAGGAGCCAUACAUGACUUUACAGCUCUGAUAAAGCUUGAGCCCCAAAACUCUCAGGCAAGGACAAAACGAGGGAGAGCAUAUUGUAAAAGGAAUUUAUAUAAGCAGGCCACCCAGGACUUCUCUGUUGCCAUCCACUUAGACCCCAACAAUUGGUUAGCCUUGUACUACCGGGCCUGCUUAUUUAGAAAGAGCAAUCCACUCAGAGCACUGCAAGACUACAGCAUGUCAGCUCUCUUAAACGAUGGCUAUGAUAAUCUUAACUGCUUUCUACAUCGGGGCAUACUCUAUGCACAACUAAAACAUUGGAUGCUGGCGAUUUGUGACUUUGAAACUGUUAUUUCUCUGGAAAGAACUGCUAUUUUGGCUUACAUAAAUAUCGGCCUCGUAUAUCUGCUGCACCUGGAUAACUACACCGAAGCCUUUUGGCGCUUCUCUGAGGCAAUUAGAGUUGACCCUUUAUAUAUUAAAAGCUAUAUUUGUAGAGCAGAAACCUAUUAUAAGUUGCAUAAAUUGAAAAAGGCAAUAAGUGAAAUAUCUCGUGCUAUCCACCUCCAGCCUGGUGAGAUCCAGUUAUAUAUAAUCAGAGGAGAGUAUCUUCUAAAGAUGAAGAAUUACGAUCUUGCAAAGUUCACUAUUUAUCAAGUAGCAGAAAUGAACAAAGGUCUCAUUGAGCUGACCCCAAUACAGCAAGCGCUCAUUUACUCAUUUUGUGAAAGCCAUGACAAGGCCAUUCAAGUCUUGGAAGGGGUCGUAGCCAUUAAACCAGAGAUCUCUGCUUAUGCACUCUUGGGUAAAGCCCAAAUGAAGGCCAAGAAGAUCAAGGAAUCUAUGAAGUUAUUUAAGAAGGCGUUGGAAAUGUUUUCAGCUUCUGAAAAAGGACCGGAAGCCGUUAUUGUUUCAGCAGAUUGUCUGUAUAACCUGGGUCUCUGUUACAUGGAGGAAGGCAAUUUACAAAUGGCUUUUGAUGCUUUCACAAGAUCUGUGAAAGCAAAUCCUGAAUUUGCAGAUGCCUUUUAUCAUCGGGGACUUUGUAAAGUAAAACUCAACAAGGAAAACUCAAUUCUGGACUUUAACAGGGCGAUUACUCUCAAUCCCAAACAUUACCAGGCGUAUUUAAGCCGAGUAGCCUACUAUGGCCUACAGGGCAGAUACUCCAAAGCAAUUCUUAACUGUAAUGAGGCCAUCAGACUUUAUCCCGAGAGUGUGCGUGCCUACAUCUGCAGAGGAGUUCUGAAAUACUACAACAGGAGUUACAAGCUAGCUGUUACAGAUUUAACUACAGCUAUCAACAUGGACAAGAACAGCUACACAGCAUUUUAUAACAGAGCGCUGUGUUACACCAAGAUUAGAGAACUUCACAUGGCUUUAAAAGACUAUGGAAUUGUGCUGCUUCUUGACCCUGGAGAACGUAUAACAUUAAAUACCUUCAUUAACCGUGGACUCAUCUACAAUGAGCUAAAGCAGUAUGGCUGCGCACUAGAGGAUUUUAAACAAGCUGCGCUGAUGAGUCAGACUAGUGUGAGCCUUUGUCAAGCUACUGCCAUGUGCCACCACAGGAUUAAAGAGUAUGAAGGAGCUGUUGAUUUCUUUACCAAGGCUGUGAAAAUUAACACACGCUUUCUGGAUGCUUAUAUUGGGCGGGGGAAUUCUUACAUGGAGUACGGGACGAAUGAAGCCCUGAAACGAGCGCAGAAGGACUUUCUGAAAGCGCUGCAUAUUGACCCGUCAUGCCUAAAGGCCAGGAUUAGUCUAGGCUAUAACUUGCAGGCCCAAGGAAGAUUCCAGAAAGCCUGGAACCACUUUACUAUUGCCACGGAAGUUGACCCAAAGAGCUAUCUAGCCUAUGAGGGACGGGCUGUCGUUUGUCUUCAAAUGAGCAAUAAUUUUGCUGCAAUGACGGAUAUUAACACUGCUAUCAAGAUCAAUACCACAGCAGAAUUCUUAACAAAUCGUGGCGUGAUUCACGAGUUUAUGGGUCAACAACCGAAUGCAAUGGCAGACUAUCAAGCAGCAAUUUCUCUGGACCCCAAGUACUGGCUGGCUUACUUCAAUGCUGGAAAUAUCUACCUUCACCACCGGCAGUUUUCUCAGGCUUGUGACUUCUUCUCAAAGGCUUUGGAGUUUAAUCCAGAAAGUGAAUAUGCUUUCAUGAAUCGAGCUGUUACAAACAUAAUAUUAAAGAAAUAUGAAGAAGCAGAAAAAGAUAUUUCAUGUGCAAUUGAGCUGUGUCCCUACUGGGCUGCAUUGUAUUUUAACAGAGCAAGUUUCUAUUUCUCCUUAAAGCACUAUGAACAAGCUGAAGAGGACCUUGGUGUAGUCCUGACUUUGAAGCCCGAUGAAGCCAUAGCAUAUAAUCUCAGAGCACAAGUUCGUGGCAAAAUAGGACUGACAGAGGAAGCUAUGAAUGACUAUAACCAUGCCCUCGAUCUUGAAGAGUACUCCACAGCUAUGUGACGACUUAGACUCUUGUGGUUUCUGUUGUAGGUUAAGUAUAUAUUUGUCUUGAAACUGAAAUAUAUAUAUUGUUUAGAAAUGCCACCAUUGUUAUUG